GCUGUCACAUUGGUGUCAAGUUCAGUAUGGUUGGUGUCUCGCAUCCCGAUUUGGAGUCAGUUCAGAGUUGAAAAUCGUGGCGUGAGGUAAUAAAAACACGAGGCGGAGUAUCUUCCUGAUAAAAUCCCCCUCAAGAGCAUCCGUGCAAAUAAGUGAGUUGUGCCAGAAGUGGCUGAAAGUGCUGAAAAUUGUGUAAAAAGCCCAAAGUGAAAAGACGUCCUGAGCCACGCGCUUGGGGCCAGAGAAAUUUUUUUCGGGGUGCUUGAAAAAGUGAAGAAAAGAGCGAUAAAAAACGUGCUCCGGAGACUUGAGGCGUUUUCUUGCCAAAUGUGCGUGCUGAUUUGCUAAAUUGUCAGCCAGAUUGCCCAGAGAUUCCAGUGUGAGUUUUGGGAACUGCGAUCUCCGGUGCUGUGUGUCUCCCCGGUGGAGGGUGUUUUGGUGGCUUGAGUGGCUUUUCACAGGCCCCAAACAAGGCCACACUUCCAGAUAUUUUUCCUCUUUUUAUUUUAAAUCCCGGGAUUGCAAGACGGCAGGAAAAAUUAUCCCCAUAAAGUACGAUCCCUUCGAGGAGGACUAUAGCAUGGCUGAUGUUUUUGAAUUCGAACUCCAUGAGGAUGAGCGGAACAACAAGGAGGCCUGCUGCGAGUCCGACGACGAUAUCAUCGAGAUUGAUGACGUCGAUCUGGAGCCUGCUGUUAACAUAGACAUAAAGGCAGAAGCAGAACUGAGUGGAUCAGAAAUUCUGCAACUGUCAGAGGAGAUGGUAAAUCCAAAGCGCAUAAAAUUAGGACCACAGGAUUUUGAGUUGAAGAAGGUCUUAGGCAAAGGUGGAUAUGGCAAAGUGUUUCAGGUGAAAAAAGUGAGUGGACCAAAUGCAGAUCGCUAUUUUGCUAUGAAAGUUCUCAAGAAAGCCACAAUUGUGCGAAAUCAGAAAGACACUGCCCACACAAGAGCUGAAAGAAAUAUAUUAGAGGCUGUCAAGCAUCCAUUUAUAGUUGAUUUAGUUUAUGCUUUUCAAACAUGCGGUAAAUUAUACUUAAUCUUAGAAUAUUUAAGUGGUGGCGAACUCUUUAUGCAUUUAGAGAGAGAGGGAAUUUUUCUAGAAGACACAACAUGUUUCUAUUUGUGCGAGAUAAUUCUGGCACUUGAACAUCUUCAUUCGCUGGGUAUUAUCUAUCGUGAUUUGAAGCCAGAAAAUAUCCUUUUGGAUCAGGCUGGACACAUCAAAUUGACAGACUUUGGACUGUGCAAGGAGCACAUUCAAGAGGGAAUUGUUACACAUACUUUCUGUGGAACAAUUGAGUACAUGGCACCUGAAAUUCUGACACGAAGUGGACACGGAAAAGCCGUGGACUGGUGGUCAUUGGGGGCUCUAAUGUACGAUAUGUUGACUGGAUUGCCUCCAUUCACAGCUGAAAACCGCAAAAAGACUAUUGAGACCAUUCUGAAGGGGAAACUCAAUCUACCCGGCUACCUCACCGCCGAAGCUAGAGAUUUAAUCCGUAGACUUAUGAAACGACAAGUGCCACAGAGACUGGGAGCUGGGAUAUCGGAUGGAGCUGCCGUGAGAGCGCAUCCCUUCUUCAAGCACGUCCAGUGGGCAGAUGUUAUUCAUCGUAGGCUGGAGCCUCCAAUUAAACCCGUCUUGAAUAGUGACGAUGAUGUGUCCCAGUUUGACACCAAAUUCACCAGACAGAUACCGAUAGAUUCACCAGACGAUGCCACACUCAGCGAAAGUGUUAAUUUAAUUUUCCAAGGUUUUACAUAUGUGGCUCCGUCGGUUCUUGAGGAAAUGGCCCGACCACGAAUAUCACAGUCCCGUUCACCGCGAAGAGCCCGCUACGCACGCAAUAUUCGCCAUGAGGAAGUCAUGCGAGUACCUUUUGUGCAACGAAAUAAUACAACACACAUGAAUAAUUCCAAAGACUCCAAUCAUCAUCCAGAUGGACAGGGUCCAUUUCCGCCCCGGCCAUCGCCACAAGAUGAGGUAAUGGACGAUCCGGGACAUCCAUUCGUAUAACCUAAAAUGGAGCAUAAAGUUAAUUUAGUAAAUUUAGACAAUUUAUAAAGUGAAGAAAAAAAAGAUAUAUUUACCAGAAAACUAAAUACUAAGUUAAUUUUGAAAAAGAAACAAGAAAUAGAACUGAAAGUAAUUUAUAAACAAGACAGAAUAUCCCCUAUUUUUCAUUUAGCCACUUUUAAUUAAAUCAAUGAAUAAGAAAAAAAAUAAAAUCGAAGAAAAAUAGGUUAAAAAAAAGAUAUAUCCCUUUAAAAAAACAAAAAAAAAAACAAAACAGAAAAUACCUCUUUCUUUGCAAAAAAAAAAGAAAUUGCGAGAGAAAAAAAUUCUAAUUGGCCACAAAAAUAGGGUUUUUUAAGAGAAUUUUUCUUUUCUGUCUGAUUUUUUCAAAAGGGUCUAUAUUUUGCAAAAUAGUAAGAAUUUUUUCUUAAUAGUGUUUAGGUAAUGAAGAAAUGCAUAAUCUUUUUGUACUAAAAAAAAACAAAUUCAAAACGUGAAAGUGAAAAACAUAAGAACUUAUUUACAAUUUAUUUAGUAAAUGAAUAAUUUUUAUUAUACUCCUUUUUAUUUUUAGAAAGAAAAAAAAAUAAGAAUAUUUAGGAAUUAAAGUGAAGGAAAAAUUCUGCAAUCGAAGCUUCUGCAAAAAAAAAUCCUACUAAAAAUUAUAUAUUGCUGAAAAUCAUAAUUAAAAAAAAAUUGAAAUGAUUAACAUUGUGAAUGAACGAUAAUUUGUUGUAGUCAUUUAUAACACUUUAGGCAGCAAGAUAUUUAAAAAGAAAAAAAAAAGAAAUGGCGAUAAUUUACUUUAUGCGAUUUUCGUAUUUGCGGGAAUAAUAAGCCCCGCCCACAAUUUUGCGCUGGUCCGUCCUUGAAGGGUAUGAUACAAAAAUUGUUCAACAUGAAGCUUGGGAUCGUAUGAAACAUGAACAGUUUCCCCUACAUUACGUUAAAGCCCAGGUUUCUUUAGAAAUAUACGAAAAAAAAUCGUGUAAAAAUCGGGAUUCCGCCCAUAAAAAUAAGCCACGCCCCUUUCAGAACUCGUGAUAGUAAAGAUACUUAACCCUCGAUGGGCAAGAGGCCUUGGAAUAAUAGCUAAGAAUCUUGGGGCAGGUCCCCAUGAGCUCCAUUGGCCGCAUAUCACUCCCCAUACUUCCACAAACUGGUUCUGAAAUUCUUCUUCUUUCCCCUUAACAAGGCUAAGCAUAUCCUACAUCUAGCCUAGUCUAAUAUUGCCCAGGAAUGCAAUACACUCCGUCCCGGCAUUAUGCACUUCGGGAUUAUGCACCUGACGAGAUUAUGCACAUACAAUUAUGCAAGUUUGCCUACUUUUGUGAGUCAAUUUAUGACAACGAUUUUGAAAUACGCCUGAAUGUAUACUAUUUUGUGAUACGGGAAAUUUGAAGACACUAUCCUUAUUUUUCAGAUUAAAACUUUUAUUUCUUUUACUAAGGUAAAAAUUUUUAAAUAUUCUAACAAUUUAUUGAAGAACUCUGACCAAAAAGUACUGUUUGUUGAUGAAUUUCUUCUAAACAGUUGAAUGUCAUUGUUAUGACUACUUUUACUCCGCGCGAAAUUCGUUCUACGGCCCAUUCAUUCAAAAGAAAUCGCCUGCGGGUAUGCAAAUUUUCUCGAUGCAUAAAGCCAUUUCGCGCGUUUUUUUCGGUCCCGAAAAUGUGCAUAAUCCCAGGACUGAGUGUUAGUAGAAGUAUCCAUAACAAUAACAGAAUGAGGAAUAAUUUCGUGUCUAUCUGCCGAUCUCAUGCCGAUAUGCCGAUCGAUUCAUCUAUAAAGAUUGUCAGAUGUCGUAUAUCCUUGCACAAAAGUUGUGAAGAUCACGCAAUUCUUUCACAAAAAUCAUAAGAUCGCUCAAUUCUUACUCAAAAAUCCACAAAUCGGUCAAUUCUUGCACAAAAAAAAUUAAAUGUGCCAAUUACGGUUUCCUCAAGCCGCAAUCUGUCACUCUUUAUUCAAAAAUUAAGCAAUCUGGUUGUAGUUUUCUUGACAAAAAAUAAACAUGAUUUUAAAAAUGUUCUCUGAAGAAUUUAUGCGAUUCAGCGAUCGUUGUGAACGAAUGGAGAAUCUUGCGAUCUGACGAUCUUUGCGUGAAAAUCGAGUGAUCUGGUGAUCUUUGUGUAAAAAAUCGUAAUCUAGCGUGAUCGGACGAUUUUUGAGCAAGAAUCGAGCGAUCUGGUGACGUUUUGCAAGAAUCUAUGAAAUCGGCGGUCUCUAAAUGUUGAAUCGAGCGAUUUAGCGAUCUUUGUGUAAGACUUGAGCAAUCUGAAGAUUCUUGUACAAGAAUAGAGCAAUCUGAUUUUUUUUUCAUAAAUCUAGCGAUCUUGACGAUUCUUGUGCUAAAAUCGAGCGAUCCGCCAAUUUUUGAAGAAACAUCAAGCGAUCUGACUAUUUUUAUCUAGCGAUUUGACCAUUUUUGUGCAAGAAUCGAGAAAUCUGACAACUUUUACGCAAGAAUCGAGAGAUCAUGAAGACUUUUUGGUAACAAAUCUAUAUGAUCUGUUAGUCUUUGUUCACAAAUCGACUGAUCUUUGAGUAAAAAUCGUGCGAUUUGACGAUUUUUGUGUAAGAAUCUAUGCUUAUUGACAAUUUUUGUACAGGCAUCUUUGAGAUAUGACGAUUUUUUUUUAGCAAGAAUCGAAUGAUCUUCAAGAUUUUUGUUCAAUAAUCAUUGUGAUCUGACGAUCUUUGUUCACAAAUCGACUGAUCUUUAAGGAAAAAUCGUGUGAUUUGACGAUUUUUGUGAUAAAAUUGUGCGGAUUGACGAUUUUUGUGUAAGAAUCUAUGCUUAUUGACAAUUUUUGUACAGGAAUAUUUGAGAUAUGACGAUUUUUUUAGCAAGAAUUGAGUGAUCUUGAAGAUUUUUAUUCAAUAGUCUAUGCGAUCUGACGAUUUUUGUGCACAAAUCCAGCGAACGGACGAUUUUUGUUCAGGAAUAUACGUGACUUGACGAUUUUUUUUGCAAAGAUCAUACGAUUUGUCGAUUUUUGAAAAAGAAUCGAGCUUAGCUAUCUGAUGGCUUGUGCAAGAAUCUAUGAGAUCUGACGAUCUUCAAGAAUGAAUCGAGUGAUCUGGCAAUCUUUGUGCAAGACUCAAACGAAUUAGCGAUUUUUCUGGAAGAAUCGAAUGAUCUUGACGGUUCUUGUGCUAAAAUUUAGUGAUCUGACGAUUUUUGUGCAAAAUCGAGCGAAUUAGCGAUGUUUCUGAAAGAAUCGAACGAUCUUGACGAUGUUGAUGUUUUUUGUGCUAAAAUUGUGUGAUCUGUCGAUUAUUGUUAAGUAAGAAUCGAGCAAUCUGAUGACUUUUGUGAAAGAUUCAUCGUGUGUUAUUGAAGACUUGUUCACGAAUCUAUGAUCUAUUGAUCUUUGUUCACACAUAGCGACUGAUCUUUGUACAAGAAUCGAUCGAUCUGACGACUUUUGUCCAAGAAUCGAGUGAUCCUGACCGUAGUGUCACAUAUAAGAUUAAUAUUAAUAUUAAGAAAAGCCGGAGAGACUAAUGCAAAAUUUCAAAUGGAAUAUCACGUGUGUUAGAAAGAGUACACUCUAGUGGAGUAAUACGAUGAGUAAGAUAUUACUGUUCGUAUUGCUUUCUGAAUCGUAUUACGGGCAAUUCGAGCAAUUUUCCAUGCGCGCCAACUGUGAUUCGGUCAGUUUUCGAGCGAAUUUAUUGCUGCCAACUUUGUACGCAGAGGGGAAAUGCGAGAAAGAGUCAAAAUAAAACAAUUGAUAUCUUUUUUUGACAUUCUCGCAAUUCAGAAUGUAUUAAUCUUAUAUGUGACAUAGUCAUGACGAUUUCUGUUCAGGAAUCUACGUGGUUUUGCGAUUUUUGUGGAACAAUCGGCAGAUGUGUCGAUUUUUGAGUAAGAAUUGAGCGAUCUUAUGUUUUUGGUGAAUGAAUCGCGUGAUCUUCACAACUCUUGUGCAAGGAUAAACGGCAUCUGCCGAUCUUUAUAGAUGAAUCGAUCGGCAGAUCGGCAUGAAAUCGACAAAUCGGCACAUUUAUCUACCCCUUGUAUCCUCCAAAUUGAUUAUGAGCUACAUUGAUUAAUUCUUCCAUCAAAGUAUCCUUAAUUAAUCCUGCUUUUGGAGAAAAGCUGCUGGUAAGCUAAAUUGAAUCAUCCUUUCAAAAAGGCGUGACUGAGAAAAAUUUGUGGGCGGUCCAUAAAUCAUAUUUCCCCUGAAGUAAAUAUGUCAAAGUUCGCAUGAAAUGUAAAUUCCCCCAAGAAAAAAAAACGCAUAAAAAUUAGGACAAAAUAAAAAAUAAAUUGAGUGAAAUGAAGCGAGGAAAAUACAUGAAAAUUAUUGCAUUUUCGACUGACUUAAUGGAAGAUAAAAUCCAAACUUUCUGUUUUCUUAUUUUAAAUCUGCAACGUUAAAGACUUGUUGAUAUUAAUUUUUUUUUCCAAAUCUGUUUGAGAAACGGAAUUUUUGUUACCAUUUGUUUACAAUCUCCACCCUUUUUUUUUAAUAGAGUUUUGUUUUUGCCUUCAACACAAUUAGAAAAACUUAGGCGAUUCGCACGGAUGUUUUUUUAAGAGUGGGAAUAAAUAUUUCGAAUAAGUAAAUGUUAGAUUCGUUCCUAAAAAGUGUCUCGGCUAUCGAUUAGUUUCGAUGUUGGGGAGUUUUGGAUUUCGAAAAGGAGAUUUCGAUUCGAAAUAACUCGCUUUAAAUGAUCUCUGUGCGAAGCCCAUUAGUCGAAUGAAUUUUAAUUUAUUGCAAUGGCUUUAUAACAAUUUUUUUUUAAAUCCUCUGUACAGAAAACACAAUGUAGAUAGCAAUUUUUGAAGUGAAUUAAGUAAAUGAAAAGGAAAACAAAUAGGACGAAUGGAAAUAACUAAAAAUAGAUAAAUGGAAAAUAUAUUUAAUUUCAAAAAUAAAUCCAAAGUUAAACAGAUUUUAUUAAAUUUUUUUAGCCAAUUUUUACAGUUUAUGGGCAACAGAAUAAUUCUUUAUGUGUUGUAAACAUCAUUUUGAACUGAAUGAGAAAAAAAAGAAUGUUUACAAAACAAAGGGAAUUGUACGCUGUCUAUUAGAAAACAGGAUAGCUCCUCAUAGUUUUUAUUACUUGGAAUUGCAACUAAAACCUCAAUGCAAUUGACUUUUUCCAUAUUUUACCUUCUGAGUGUUCAUUCGUGAGGAGUUUUGAUCAAUAAAUCAACAAAAAAAAAUGACGAAAAAAUUCCUUAAUAACUGCACCAAUAAUCUCAAUAUUGAUUGUUGGGAAAUAUUUUGUAAAAAAAAAAAGAAAUCACCGACGAAUUAAAACGGAAUAGGAGAAAAAAUAGUGAAAAAAGAACCGUCUGAAUUGUAGAAAAAAAAAAAAACAAAAAAUGACACCGUGAAAACUGCCACAAGUGUUCAAAAAUGACUAAUUUUUAAAAGAAAAAAAUGAUGAUCUUUUGUAGAUGCUAAAGUGAAAAUGCGAAAAAUUGGGUAUAAAUGCGUUGGUAUUGAGAGAAGUGUGAGGAGAAAAUUGGCAAAAAUCAAGUGAUUUUGGAAAAAAUACGAGAAAAAAUCUUUUUGUAGUUAAGAAAAUAAUUGAAUUUAUUUGAUAAACAAAUAAUUAAAAAAGGAAACAUUUUUACUUACGAUAUAGGAACCAAACAUAUUGAUGAAAAAAAUUUAAUUAAGCUAAAAAAGGAGAAUCACUAAUUGUAAAAAAAAUUGGCUGAGAAUGGCGAAUUGAAAGCUCUUCUAAUAUUUUUUUUUUGAUUUAAAACAAUUCGGACAUUUCUCGAAGUUGAAGCUCACGAGAAUGUUGAUUAUGGCAAGAGAAAUGGCGUAUACACAUAAAGGGCUUUCUUUUAAAAAAUUGUAUAAGAUUCCCUGAUGGAGGAAUUGUGAAAAGAUAAGAAGAGAAAAAAUAAUAAAUUUUGAAGAAAGCCUCUAAAA